AUGUUAGCAGCACCGACCUCUACUGGUCCUGGCCUCAUUGAAAUGGAGAAAGCUAUAAUCUUCAACUUUAAUCUCACUCUCCCCAUCAUCGCCAUCACUGGCGAAUUACUGCUCCUUAUGAACAGUGUGAGAGAUACGUCAAAGGAGGUGAAAGAGGAGCAAGCUGCAACCGUGAUGAACGCGGUGAGGGCGGAGAUAUCAGAGGCCCUGAAUCAGAUGAAGAGGGAGGUGAUUGUGGAUUUGGAGGUGAAGAUGGCCGGGGCCAAAGAAGGUGAAGACCAUAAAUGCCAUUGA